AUGCUUAAUCCUUUUAUGGACAGCGCGACGGCCGCACACAUGCAUCAGACCAUCAAAUUGAGUCCAUCGCACGCCACCGAUGCCACCAGUGUUGUAGGUGUUGGUCAACACCAACCAAAUCACCAGACAUUUGCCGCCCAAAACGGCUACGGUAUGCCUCACCCGCCACACCAUCAUCACCAUCACGGCUACGCCGCCCGAGAUUUCCUGUUACGCCGCGACCCGCAUAUGCCUACUCUCACCACUGGUCUGUCACCACACGACGCCCUGUCGGGCAAUACAGUGCAACCGCAUCCGCAUCACGCGACCACUAUGUUUGUGUCCGCCUCUCAGGCACUGCAUGGCCCGCAUCACACCAACGCCGACACUCAUGUCCUCUUCCCCAGCCUCGAUCACCAUCCGGCCGCACACCACCCCUCCCCUCACAUGAACGGACAGAUGAGACUCGCAUUGCCCGGCCCUGACAUGUAUGGCCGACCCGAUCACAGUUUCAACCAAACGGCCCGAAGUGAUCACCACCUGACUGGUCCUUAUGGGCCUAUGAAUCCAAUGGGACACAUGAAUCACAUGAAUAUGCAUCACACGGCUCACGCUUCCGGUGCUUUCUUCAGAUAUAUGAGGAACUGUCCGAUCAAACAAGAGAUGACAUGUUUAUGGAUAGACACCGAACAGACCAGUCCUAAGAAGCCGUGCAAUAAGUCGUUUACAUCUAUGCACGAGAUUGUGACCCACAUUACAGUAGAGCACGUCGGAGGGCCCGAGUGCUCAAACCAUGCCUGCUAUUGGAGUGAAUGCGCCCGAAAUGGACGGCCAUUCAAAGCCAAAUACAAAUUAGUCAAUCAUAUUAGAGUACAUACGGGAGAAAAACCAUUUCCAUGUCCUUUCCCGGGAUGUGGGAAAGUGUUUGCUCGCAGCGAAAACCUCAAAAUACACAAACGCACGCAUACGGAUUGCAGUGGCGGUCAACACAAUUGUCGAGAUUACGAGUGGAGAGUAUACGAGAAUAACAACAAUACAGUGAAAUGA